GUUUGACUCUAUUUUUGCCUGAAUUGUGAUCUUUGACCUGUUAGUAAUCAGUUUGUCAGUUCAAGUGACGGGAGAGAUGUGUGUUAAAGGGCAAUGCUCAUGUGUUGAAGAGACUUUAGCAGUUAGUUUCUCUCAUACCUCAAAUUGUGUUUGACCUGAAAUGUGCCCUGAACACAGGAUCACACGGGAUUUGAAGUGAACUCAGGCAGCCAGGUUCUCUGGUAAAGGUCUAGUAAUGGAUUUAAAGUCAACACUUCUGGUUGUUGGAGGCUCUGCGUGCUCUUUCAAACUGCUGAACGCCGUCAUCAGAUUCCUUCCAACACCAGAACUGGCACGCAAGAAAUCCUGGAGGUGGAGGAACAUCAGCACUUCAUUAGCUCACAGCUCGCUGGCAGGAUCAUGGGCUGUCUUAUGUUUCUACCUUAGACCUCACAUGCUGGAGGACCUGAUCUCCUCUCACUCCUUGCUCUCCCACAGUCUCGUAGCUGUGUCUACAGGUUAUUUUAUCCAUGACUUCUUGGACGUGGCUUUGAACCAGUCAUGUAAACGGUCCUGGGAGGUGAUCCUCCACCACACCGCGGUGCUCUCCUGCUUCAGUUUCUCUGUGACGUCCCACCUCUUUGUGGGCUACUCCGUGGUGUCUUUGCUGGUUGAGAUCAACUCAGUUUUCCUUCACAUCAGGCAGCUCCUCCUCCUGUCAGGACGGAGGAACGUGCCAGGGUCGGACAUCACAGCCCCUCGCCCCUCUGUGACCUACAGAGUGACCAGCUGGCUCAACCUGGGAACGUUAUUGGUGUUUCGUGUCUGCACGCUAGCUUGGAUGACCCGCUGGCUGGCGGCUCACAGUGAACGUAUGUCUCGCUACGUCCUGAUGAUGGGGACAGUAGGCCUGAGUCUCAUCUCCAUCAUGAACAUGGUGCUGUUUUACAGACUGCUCAGGGCAGACUUCCUCCCCAGCACACACAACACUAGCAACGACCACUAGAGAAGCCAGCUCUGGGUUUCCCCUUGUCAAAAAUGACUCCAUUGGUCCAGUUGAAAAGUGGUUCAAGGACCCGAAGGACCACUGUAACUUAUAGUGCUUGCUUGUAACUUCUAAUGUCAAUAAAGUAGAGAUGAAGCACAAGUUAGCAGAUGUCUUUUGGGAGUUUAGACAUAAAAAGGGCAGCAAUCAGCUCCAAUAAACUGCCUAAGCUGCGUUUUUUUUUCUUUUUGCAUUUUUUAUGCAACACUGAUUAUUUAACAUCAUAUGGUCAGUUCAGCUCAGUUGUUGCUAUGUACAACCGCUCAAGUAUUUAUUCAGGUUGUGUGUUUCCAAAAAGUUAUAUUCAGUGUCUACAUUUUUAAACGAGGCAUCAUGCAACUAAGCACAUGCUUUAUAAUAACAGAUUAAAGCAGCAUACACUACAUCAUGAUCCUCUUCUGCUGGAACAAUUGGGUAAGAGUGGGACCAUCACAGCUUGUCUUAGUUUGGACCUCUUCUUCUCUGACGUGAGGCAGGUGAACCUUCUCUGUCCUGGACUCUCUCUCAUAGCAGGGACACACCUUUAGGUGCUCUGACAUGGACGGGACGUCUUGGAAGCACCAAUCGUCCACAGGAGAGAACAAAGUGCUGAAGUGCCAAACCUGAAGUCACAGAGAAGAGACAGGCAAGAGAGAGAGAUCGGGAUAUUCAGUCCUAUGUUUUCAUUUACACUCAAUAUUCUCCUAAAAUUGUGCUGGAAUUGUAAUCAAUCAAAUAUUAAAUGUUAGUUAAGGCAGUAAAGGACAGUACUCUUUGUGGUGAAGCUGCACGUAGAAUAUUUAGCCGUUAUAAAACUUGAGGUCUCUACAGAGGAACUACUCAGUUUCAUUAUUAAUGUAAAAUUAUUACAGCAAGUACUAUCAGAUAUAUCAAAAGUACAAGUUAGUGUAUUAUAAUUAUGUGAUAUAAUUAGAUUUUGGAUCAACUUUUAAGCAGCAUUUAACUGAUGUGGCUGGCUGAGGAGCUAGUUUUAAUUGGUACACAUAACUAAAACUAACAGUCCUGCAAUAAAUCCAAACUUCAUGAAGAUAAUAGUGUUUUUAUUCAAUAGAGAUCAAAUCCAUACCUACGCCCUACCUGAUUCUAUCUUGUAUCAUAUACUGUACUCUCACCUUAAUGUUGACCAUCUCUUAAAUAUUAAAAAAUCACUUUCUUUUUGGUGACAUAAUUUAAACUUUAAACUUGCUGAUGAAUGGUCAAAUAAACCUGAUAGACACACUGGUUCUUAUCUCACCGUCUGCUUCACCCUCCACUUGGCUCCUCCAUGCGAGUAGGUCUUCUUCUCCCAGCGGAGGGUGACCAUCCCUCUCUCCUGCAGCAGAGAGGAGCUCACCUGCCUCAUCAGCUGGGACACCAGAGCCAGCUGGGACAGGGACAGACUGUCCAGGAAACUGACCAUGUGGCACAGCACCUCGUAGGGCAGCGAGCUCAGAGAGUCCUCUGGUCCUCCUCCCCGACCUCCUCUCUUCCUCUGAGUGGUGGAGGAGUCCACUGAGCUCCUGGACGGCUGGGAAGCUUCACCCGGAGAAACAGGGACGGUGGG